UGUAUCAUUGCAACAUCAAUCAGUUAAAUAUUAUCCAAGAAAAAGAAACUAUUUGAAUCGCAAUAUUUUCCCAAUUUGAUUUGAAAAUGUCCAGGAAAAAAUCACAUGUGUUCACUACAGAUUUGGACUUUUGUCCCGACUGUGGAUCUGUUCUGCCAUUACCGACGUAUGAACAAUUCGUCGCAUGCAAAUCGUGUUCUUUCAAAAUUGAUGUUUAUGAAUUUGAUGCUGUGAAAACCUGUUCACGAAUUGUAUUCAACACAUCGGAUAAAGCAGCUUUAAAAGCUCAGGAGGAGACUGGUGAGCUAACAGGGCCAACAGUUGACAGAAAAUGUCCUAAAUGUGGGCAUGAAGGAAUGGUGUAUACCACAAGACAAACACGAUCUGCUGAUGAAGGACAGACAGUCUUCUUUUCCUGUCCUGAUUGCAGAUUCCAGGAGAUUGAAUAUUCCUGAGUUUGAAGGAUUGCAGUUGGUAUCGGCAGUGUGUAAUCGUCAUCUGUCCAUCGUUGUCCCAUACAUGUAUUUCGGACAACGGUCACCCAAAGUAUACACGCGGAACAGUAUACAGAACUUGUUAUACCCAAGUUUUAAAUUCACAUUAGAGACAUGUCAUUGUUCAAUUAACUAUUUAGAAAUUGUUAAUUUUUUAAGAUAUUUUAUUAAUAAAUGGACAUUGUGUAGCAAUCUGUCAUUUCUGUUUUAAUGAAAAAGAUGGUAAGAAGAGGAAACAUCUUAAAGAUACAAUAUUAAAAUUGUAACUGGUAUUGGAAUGUGAUACAAGUGGAAAUGGUAUAUUUAGUGUGAUAGAAUAAGUGUAUAAGUUGAAAUAAUUAAUGAUACAGAUAACUACCCCCC